GGACCGCCUUGCAGAGCCGAGAAUGGGAGAAGAGCGGAUGGUUUAAGGAGCACCCUCGGCCUCCUCGCCUCUCCGCUCCGAUUCUCGCUCUCGCGGCCUGCCCGCCCUGCCUCCUGCUCGCCGCCCAGAAAGCUCCGGUGCGUGGACCAGCGGGAGCCCGAGACCCACGAGAGGCGCGAACGCAGCUCCAAAAGGAGAAGGGCUAAGGAGGGCAACCCUAUCGAUACCAUUGACCUUAUGUGGCUGGGAACACCGUCCACCAUGGCCACCUCAGCGAGCUCCCACUUGAACAAAGGCAUCAAGCAGGUGUACAUGUCCCUGCCCCAGGGCGAGAAAGUCCAAGCUAUGUACAUCUGGAUUGACGGUACGGGAGAGGGACUGCGCUGCAAGACCCGGACCCUGGAUUCUGAGCCCAAGUGUAUAGAAGAGUUGCCCGAGUGGAAUUUCGAUGGCUCUAGUACUUUUCAGUCUGAAGGCUCCAACAGUGACAUGUAUCUUGUCCCUGCUGCCAUGUUUCGGGACCCUUUCCGCAAGGACCCCAACAAGCUGGUGUUCUGUGAGGUCUUCAAGUACAACCGAAAGCCUGCAGAGACCAACUUAAGGCAUACCUGUAAACGGAUAAUGGACAUGGUGAGCAACCAGCACCCCUGGUUUGGAAUGGAGCAGGAAUAUACUCUCAUGGGCACAGAUGGACACCCCUUUGGUUGGCCUUCCAAUGGCUUCCCUGGGCCCCAAGGUCCGUACUAUUGUGGUGUUGGAGCAGACAAAGCCUAUGGCAGGGACAUUGUGGAGGCUCACUACCGGGCCUGCUUGUAUGCCGGCAUCAAGAUUGGGGGCACCAAUGCCGAGGUCAUGCCUGCCCAGUGGGAAUUCCAGAUCGGACCCUGUGAAGGAAUCGACAUGGGAGAUCACCUCUGGGUGGCCCGAUUCAUCUUGCAUCGUGUGUGCGAAGACUUCGGAGUGAUCGCCACCUUUGAUCCUAAGCCCAUUCCUGGGAACUGGAAUGGUGCCGGCUGCCACACCAACUUUAGCACCAAGGCCAUGCGAGAGGAGAAUGGUCUGAAGUACAUCGAGGAGGCCAUCGAGAAGCUAAGCAAGCGGCACCAGUACCACAUCCGAGCCUACGAUCCCAAGGGGGGCCUGGACAACGCCCGGCGCCUAACUGGAUUCCAUGAAACCUCCAACAUCAACGACUUUUCUGCCGGCGUGGCCAACCGUGGCGCUAGCAUCCGUAUUCCCCGGACUGUCGGCCAGGAGAAGAAGGGUUACUUCGAAGACCGUCGCCCUUCUGCCAACUGUGACCCCUUUGCGGUGACAGAAGCUCUCAUCCGCACGUGUCUUCUCAACGAAACUGGCGACGAGCCCUUCCAGUACAAAAACUAAGUGGACUAGACGGGCAGCCAUCAAAACCCCUCCUAAUUCUACACCCCCCCCUCCUUCGCCCCUCUCAACUGUCGUAAUAGCUGUAACUCAAAGGGCGGAAUAGCAAGGUCUUUUUUAUUCCUCAUGCCCAGUUAAUAUCUCUUGCUUUCUUUGGCCAGGAUAGAGGGCUCAAGUUCUUAAUCUCUUCACACAUACCCCCCCCUCUUUUUUUCCCUAUCACUAAAGUUUCUAGUGUGUUAGUGGGGAGGGAGGUGGGGAGUCAUAACCACUGCUUCCAUUUCAUCAGGUGUGUUUGUCCAGUAGGCACAGCUAUCCGGACAGAGAACAUAGUCUUUGUGCAGGGAAGGGGCAGACUUUCUCUGAGUGGUAGUUGAGUCGGGGGUCAGAGGACCUGACUUUGGUUCGGUUAGAAGUCCCCUUCUUGGUUGGUGGACCUUCCAUUCCUUAGAAGGUUAGAACCAACUUUCUCUUAAGGGUGAGCAUUAGGGGAGAAGGAAGGGUGGGAAAUGAGGUAGGAAAAUGCCCUCGAUCUGGUGUGGUACUUCCCUUGCCUGGGGCUAAAGGCCCUGAUAACGUUCAGCGUAAAUGGAUGGCUAGCCCUACCUUAAAAGAAAAAGUUCUUACUGUCUGGUCCAUUUAUAACACAAAGAAGAGUAGUAUUUUUAUAUUUAAAUAUAAAAACAAAAAAAUUAUAUAUAUGGGUGUGCAGACAAAUGGUGUUUUUUUUUUUUUUUCCUAAGAGAGAGAAAACCAUUCUGGUCACUGGGAGCCAAAUUUGAGAAGGUAGUCUGGUUAGAAAUAAGGAUCUCUGGAGUUCCCACUGUGGCGCAAUGGGUUAAGAUUCCCACUACAGCGGCUUGGGCCACUGUGGAGGUGCAGGUUCGAUCCCCACCCAUGUGCAGGGGGUUAAAGGAUCUGGAGUUGCUGCAACUACGGCUUGGGAUUCAUUCCCUGGCCCUGGUGAAAACUUCCAUAUGCUAUGGGUGUGGCCAUUAAAAAAAAAAAAAAAAAAGAUGUCCUUCUGAGUGGGGUGGGGGUGGGGUGCAUGGAAAGUUAGCUAUUUGGGGCUGUUCUUCCCUCUCUACCACUUCAGGGCUUCUCUGUGCCCAGCCCACCUUUCUGGGGUGGUGGGGGGGCAACACUGGUUGUUUAACAGGUGACAGCAGGAGCUGUCAUCUGAUCUGUGGGGCUUUGGAUUAAAAAGAUACACAUGUACUUAUACACACAGGGGUCUGGAAAUCUGAGUUGGCUGGUCAACUUGAGCAUGUUACUGACAAGGGGGUAUUGGGGUUAUUUUCCGGUGGCACUAGCAUGUCACUAAAGCAGGCCUUUUGAUAUAUUAAAAAAAAAAUUUUUAAAGCAAAACAGAAGUUUAGAUUUUAAUCGUAUUUGUAGGGUUUCUAAGUCUUUGUUUUACAGAAUUGCUUGUUUGCUCCAGCAGUCUCCUUUCUCUCUGCUCUUGGAGGAAGUGGGUCUUGCCUGGAGACCACACACUUGUAAUUUUGUAUCCUGGUGUCUAGUCUCUGAGUGUGAAGUAAUCCCUUCCUUUGUUAAGAUUCCCAAGGAGUUAUUUUUUUUCUUUUAUAAUAAAACCCCCACCUUUGGUCCCUAUAUUUCCCCUGCUGUUUCUGCCUGUUUUUGUGUUGGCUGCGGCAGGUGGGUUGUGGUUUUCUCUUAAUGUGACUUCUAAUUGCCAGACUUCUGGUUGCCACAUAUAGUGUGUUCAGAGUUAGAUAACUCCUCAUUGUAAACAAACUGUGUUAACUGUCUGGAGCUGCUCUUAUAAAUCAACCUAACAUAAGA